AUGCAGGCACGGGCGCUGCUCCUGGCCGCGCUGGCCGCGCUGGCACUGGCCCGGGAGCCCCCGGCCGCCUCGUGCCCCGCGCGCUGCGACGUGUCGCGGUGCCCGAGUCCCCGCUGCCCGGGCGGCUACGUGCCCGACCUCUGCAACUGCUGCCUGGUGUGUGCCGCCGUCGAGGGCGAGCCGUGCGGCCGGCCGGUCGACUCGCCCUGCGGGGAGAGCCUGGAGUGCGCUCGCGGCGUCUGUCGCUGCCGCUGGGCGCACGCCGUGUGCGGCACGGACGGGCACACCUACGCCAACGUGUGCGCGCUACAGGCGGCCAGCCGCCGCGCGCUGCAGCUCUCCGGGACGCCCGUGCGCCAGCUGCAGAAGGGCGCCUGCCCAUCGGGUCUCCACCAGCUGACCAGCCCACGGUACAAGUUCAACUUCAUUGCUGACGUGGUGGAGAAGAUCGCGCCGGCCGUGGUCCACAUAGAACUCUUCCUGAGACACCCUCUGUUUGGCCGCAACGUGCCCCUGUCCAGCGGCUCGGGCUUCGUCAUGUCGGAGUCUGGCUUGAUCGUCACCAACGCCCACGUGGUGUCCAGCACCAAUGCUGUCACAGGCCGGCAGCAGCUCAAGGUGCAGCUGCAGAACGGGGACACCUACGAGGCCACCAUCAAAGACAUCGACAAGAAGUCAGACAUCGCCACCAUCAGGAUCCGCCCCAAGAAAAAGCUCCCCGCGCUGCUGCUGGGCCACUCGGCUGACCUGCGGCCCGGCGAGUUCGUGGUGGCCAUCGGCAGCCCCUUCGCCCUGCAAAACACCGUGACCACGGGGAUCGUGAGCACGGCCCAGCGGGACGGCCGCGAGCUGGGCCUCCGGGACUCGGACAUGGACUAUAUCCAGACAGAUGCCAUCAUCAACUACGGGAACUCCGGGGGACCGCUGGUGAACCUGGACGGCGAGGUCAUUGGCAUCAACACGCUCAAGGUGGCGGCCGGCAUCUCCUUUGCCAUCCCCUCGGACCGCAUCGCGCGCUUCCUCACCGAGUUCCAGGACAAGCAGGGCAAAGACUGGAAAAAGCGCUUCAUCGGCAUACGAAUGCGGACAAUCACACCAAGUUUGGUGGAAGAACUAAAGGCCAGUAACCCAGACUUCCCGGCGGUCAGCAGUGGGAUUUACGUGCAGGAGGUUGUUCCAAAUUCACCUUCUCAGAGAGGGGGCAUCCAGGAUGGCGACAUCGUCGUCAAGGUCAACGGACGCCCUCUGGCCGACUCGAGCGAGCUGCAGGAGGCCGUGCUGACCGAGUCCCCGCUGCUGCUGGAGGUGCGGCGGGGCAACGACGACCUGCUCUUCAGCAUCGCGCCCGAGGUGGUCCCGUGA